AUGUUUGACUUUAGCGAGACGAUCGGAGCGAGUACUAGUCCUGGAACUCUUUCUCGAAAUAUUCGCGGUUUACCAGAUAUUACUGGACCUUUGGUUCUGACAAUAUCCUCGAGAAUAUGGAAUGCUUUCAAUACAUCAGAAGUUUUUCUAAAUGACACUAUGAACUCGACCUUGAGUACCAAUAUCAGUGGAGCGGUAGGUACGGUGAAAUACAAAUUAUGGAAUGCUAGUCUCGAGUCUCUCUCUUUCUCUACCAAAAACGUGUCUUUCAGAAAAUUUCGUCAUGGAGGAUUGCGUAUUCGGAUAAGAGGGCUAAAGUUCACCGCAAGUGCCGAUUUAGAACUGGAAGUCGAUUUCUGGCUAGCGCGUCUUAAGUUCAGCGGCAAAGUAUGGGUGAUGUCUGAAAAUAUAAGGGUUGAUAUCGCUUUCAUCUGGAAUAACUUCACGAUCGCUUCAAAAAUACGUAUGGGCUCGAAUAUCAGACUAUUCUUCACUGGCAGCCUACAGUAUUUCAAUCUGGUGGAGCCAAUGCUUCGAAAUAUUAUAAGAAAGAACAUAGAAGAGCAGAUCAGAAAAGCUGUAGAGAAUGAGGUAAAUCCCUAUCUCCAAGAACUCAAAAAAAUGGUGCGCAAUGCCGGUCUUUCUUUCCUGUUCAAACUACCAAUCAAGUGGGCGCUGCAUAAUGGCACUCUUCAAAUCGUGUUAAAUUCAAAGAGAAGAAAGCAGGAUAUUGUAGAAUUAUCCAGGCAAGAAUUCAUUGUUUUGGAGCGAUAUUUCAGUAAUAGAUAUGGCCCAUUGAGGCCCUCACAACCUGUCACCUUUGUAGGUAAAGACCUUGCUGCUGCUUGA